GUAACGAAAAUCGGCUACUGCCCUCGUCGACAGGGAUACUUACAAGUAAGUGGCUACAUACAGCUGAAGCCCCCCCUUCCACAUCCACUUAAACAUAGAUCAUAAAACUGAAGUCUAGAAGGCAUCAAGAAUAUCAUGGUGUCGUUUUUCAAUGACUUAGUAGCCGGUCUUUCGGCUGACUAUUCCUUGAAGCCCUCGGAUUUCGAGAAAGUGGAGACCACAGGUAAGCCACUGCGAGGACCAGCCUCGAGGCGAGCAAGUCCUCAGAGCGGCUCGCGCGUGAGUGCUCUGGUGCGUGAAAUCGAAACACGGACCGCUGCAUCGACUAUCUCUACGACCUCUGGACCCAAGAAUGGCGCCAAACCGCCGAUCAAUGCUAAAGUGUCUAUGCAGCAUUUGGAUAUCGGCUUCGGUCAGGGGCCUCCAGCCCUUUCGUCGUCGCCUGGUGGACCCGAUGCACAAUUAUUGGAAUUCCGUGUGCAACAAGGGCUCGGGAUAGCCGUAGACAGCGGAUCGAGUCCACCGUCCUCGAGUGGAUCUCCAGACAACCUCGCUGGUACGAAAAGAUGCCACGACGGAAGAAGUAAGGCUUCAGAUGAAGCUUUCAAUUUUCGCGGCACUGACUGCAGCAGAGGAGGAAGAGACAUCAUGACAAGUCGCACUUCAACGGAAGAUGGGCAGAUGAACAACAGCAGCCCAGAGCAAUCACCGCCACGUAUCAUGAAGGAACUGAGUCUCGGAAGCACGAUAUCUGCCGCCAGUGUGCCAGAUCCAAUGGGAGCUGAUAGUGUCGUUGUGGGACGAGGAGAUGCUGCUCCAGAGCCUAAGUGUUCAUCUCCUAGUAACAAUCUUGAUGAGGGACUCUCGAUAUGGGAUCACCUAGCGAGCGAGGCAACCGGUCUAUUUUUUAGCCUUGUAGACGAAGUCACCAAAGUCCACGAUUCGACAAGCACACUGCCUUUGACAUCCACGCCUGCUCUUUCACAAGCACAGCCACCAAAUGUCCAAGAAGCGAAAAGCCAGUGCUUUCAGAUGCCGCAGCAGACAACAUCUUCAUCUUCCCCAGCUGGCACAACAGUGCCUGCUUCUGCAUCUUCGUCGAUGAUUGCCGAUGAGCAAUCGUUCUCCUCAUCAGCCUCACAGCCUGGAACUGGAAGUGGUGGCAAGAAUAUGAUUAGUCAUCAGGACGACCUCAGCGAUGCCGCUGUAAAUAGAAAGCCAAGAAGUGGUCCCAGCGUACUGGAAAACGAGGUAGCUUCGUCAACAACGGGAGCACCGCCACGACCCUCCGCUCUUCCUACUGGUAGCACCUCAUCAACCACGAAACGACCUGUACGUAGGACGCGGGACCUUGCUCUUGCUGGGUCGCAAGUGGAGGCUGUACUGCGAGUCCAGCAAACCUGCUACAAACGGGAAGCUGCCAAAAUUGAUCAUUAUGUGGAAACAGCGAGCACCUCUGCGACGAGCUCCUGCGCAGGCGAUGAUAAACCAGACACAGGGAGCGGUGCCGAAAGCAUUGGUGAUGGUAUCAAUUUACUUUCUGAAUCAUCCACUCCAGGACAGCCUGGUGCCUUGUUACCUUGUGAUGGCAAUGAGUUUUCGAGUUCAUCUGUCUGACUUUCUUACAACGAUAAAUAUGAUCAUUGUCUAGAAGAGGGAAGCACACAAUUCCACAUGUACUUGACCUCGUAAAAUGAAAAAUGACAGAAACGACCACAUCCUCUGGCUCCACUGCUCUGGGCUAUUCCGGAGGGGUUUUCUCUGCGUCUGCGCCUACAUCCAAGGUUGAUCAGUAUCUAUCCCAGUUUCUGUCUCGGCAUCCGGAGUACGGACUGGAAAUCGAAAAGUCCUCCAAUCCACCAUCCAAUUUUUCUUCAACCAUGGCGCAAUCGAAUUCUAGUACCUCAUCAUGGUUUCGCAUCCGUGGUCGUGUCGUCCAGCUCGUAUACAGAGAAGGCUACCUGAGCUCUCACGGGUCUAUAGAUGUCGUGGACGGACCACUCGCACAGGACUUGGAGGACUACCUUGAUGGCAGGCAAGAGACGGCACGCUAUAGCGGUCUGACGGAUCAGCAAGGUAAAGACAAAACACGCCUGGUGUCUUUCGCAGACAAUGAACAGGUACUUCGAGUUACUUCCUACCCUUGCCCUUCGUACUCUGAAUGCUUAAGAAAGGUAAGCGACAUGCUAGACAUUAUGACGUUGAUCGCGCAUAUCCAUAUGUACUCCAUAAAAAGAAACUACCACGAAAACUAGAACUACUGCGAAGAGUCCUUACUUCGUCAAUAACUAAUGGCUUUCAAGAACCGGCAGGUCUACAACCGCAUUGAAGCCAUGCGCGUAGCGAAAGAGCAGGCCAAGAUUCGGGAACGCGAGCUGGGGUAUGGUUCUUACGAUCGAUACCGGAACUGGCACGAAAUCGCUUUGAGAAAGAGCGCGCCAAUUGACGCGUACGGUAAUAGCCGUGCACCUGCCCACGUUUCUCUCAUGUCCUACGAAGGUUCUACAGGCACUUACUCGAGCAACAUUAGCCACGCGUCAUCAACGAAUCAAAUAGGCGGCUUCGACCAACAACAACAGCCGAUAAGCCAAGGUGGAAGCGGUGGCACAAUGUACCAGCCUGCAUCGAAUGUGUACCAACAACUUGCGGGCGAGGUGCAAGGCGACAUUCAACGGCAAGGCACCGAGGUUCUCACGGAGCCUGUCGCGCUACCUGCACACCUCUACGGUGGGUCAACAGUUUAG